ACACACUACAGUUCCAUCUCCUCUCCUCUCCACUCUCUUCUUCUCCGGUAAGAACUCAGAGAUUUGGAAUUUCUAAUUUUAAACUUUGAAAUCGACAACCUUUUUCUUGGCUUAUUGAUGAGAGUUUAUGUAUAUGAUUUGUCUUAAAAUACUGUGGAGAGAUUUCAAUUCUCCGAUCGAAUUAUCAAAUGGAUCCAAACUCGGUGUCACAAGAUUGGAUUAAAAGAAGGAGCCAUGGCAAGUCUUAUGAUGGCCACACCAUUCGCAGGUUCUCUCACUCAAUGCAAGAAAACAAAAGACAUGUCCCUUCAGAGAGCCUUUAAGGUAAAAUGUAUGCAGACACCGUUGGAAGAGCUGUACAACGUUAAAGUGGAACGGAAAGUGUCACAGAGACGGUUAGAUGAGCUCGGGGUUUCCAGAUGGUCGGUUUGGAAGACUGGGAAGUGCAAACUGCCAUGGGACUGGCAGGUGGAUCAGUUGGUUUACAUAGAAGAAGGAGAGGUUCGUGUUGUUCCCGAAGGCAGCAAGAGGUUUAUGCAGUUUUUGGAUGGAGAUCUUGUUCGUUACCCGAAAUGGUGAUGAUGAUUGAUUCAAAUGUAGACUUGAGUUUUGAGCUAAGAAAGUUUGCACUUGUGUGUGUUGUUGUAGCCUUAUGGAUCCUUAUUAUGAUAAAAUAACAAAACAAUUUGUCUUCUUCUUCUUCAGAAGUUUGUGUAACGCUGAUGAAUAAUCAAAAAGGAAACUCGCAACCAUGAAGAGAUUUAAUUAUUUAACUUGAAUUUAGAAAUAAAAUAAAAGAACUUUUUAAAUAAGGAACAAAAGUAUUAGGAAAUUAUUUUCAGAGUCGUAGUUACUAGUAACAUUAACCAAAAAAAAAAAAAGUUAAGAAAAUAAUCUUAUUGAUUUAUGUGGGGAUUAAUUUGCUUUUAGCAGCUGUGUCUGUUACAAAUUGAUUUAGGAGUCGAUUUAGACGAAAAUACCCUUAGGCGAGGAAAAAGGAAAUUGAAAGAAGUUGCUUGGAUCCUAAGCUACUAAAGUUUACAGUGUACAGAAGCCACACUCUCUAUAUAUAUCAACUCUCUAUCACUUCCUCUGUUUCUUUAUUUCCAUCUUACAAAUCACUCUCAAAACCCUAGCUUCUUCUCUCGUUACCUGAAACCUCUUUUCCAUAAUUCGAUCACACAAAUCAUCUGAAACAAACGAAGAAAGAAAGAUGAAUGCGCAGGAGGUAUCUGCUGAUUUACAAGCUUUGUUUGCCGAAGCCAUCGAAGCCACCUACCUUACACGAAACAUAGACGGCAUCGAACGCUGUGUCGACGCGUUGAGUAGGUUGAAGUCUGCGUCUCUCUCCGUCAGCGAUAUUCAACUAUUUUCUAAGUCAAUAUUUCGGUUGGAGACUCUGAGAACUCAUAAAAGCCCUAAGAUCAGUGAAGUAUCUCAAUCUCUGUUCGAUUCAUGGUUGUCCACUCUCUACGGACAAGGAAGAAGAGACCAAUCUCUCGAGCCGAAGACGAAGAAGACGGAGACGCUGCUUGCAAAAACGGAACGGGACAUCAAAGACAAAGAUGGUGGUAGUAAGGUUACAACCAAAACCUUGCUUCCUCCUCCGAGGAGACUCGCUGCUUGCAAAAACCCUAAUUCCGCGGAGAUGGUGGAGCUGUUCGAAGCAGCAAAGAAAGCUGCUGACGUGGCCAACGCUAAGGGUAUUCUCUCUGGCAAAGCAGACGCGUUGAGGUGCGUUGAGGCUAUCUCGUUACUCAUGAAGAUGAACGUCACUCCAAAACCUAAUGAGCCAAGAAGGAUGAUUGAGAGGCUUCAGGUACUUACCAAGCACAAGGACCGUACGAUUUGCAAUGCUGCAUCAGCCCUUCUUCAACUUUGGAGGCAGAGGACCAGAGAACAAGAACGUAAAGCUGCGUCUACAAUCGAUAUGAUUCUUUGCAAACCUCGUCAUGGUCAGCAGAUACGAGGUCAGGGCUUCACAGGAGAACCUACAAAGACGAGGAAACUAGUUAUGUGAAGAUCGUUGUUUAGACAAGUUCAUUCUUUUGUAAAAGCUCAUGCCAAUAUAUAAAAUCUCACGAGUUAUUCUGUUCCUUAUGUUUUCCAAAGUAACGUUAGUACAUUGUUUGAUAUGGAAGUAACUAGUUUAUAGAUUGUUUAGUGAUUUUAACUCCUCUGCUUUCAAACAAUAAUUGUGAUUGUUUUAGUAACUUCACACACACACUCAAAGAUCAAAUACCAUUUUAGAAAAAGAAGCGAAACACUGUAUCAGGAUUCUUCAAGAGAAGCUAAGUAUGAGUGUGAGGAUGAGAUGGAAUCCGUUUGUAUUACAUGUUAGAGUGACAUUUGUAAAAUGUGUUGUGGCUUUCAGUAUGCAACUUCAUCCCGGUUAGAUAUUCUUCAUGCCUUUUACACUUUAUUUGUCUUUUAAGAACUACAUUGCUGAGCAAAACACACAACAACAAGGCUACAUGAAAUCAAUGUUAGAAUUGAGAGAAUAGAAUGUGAGAGUAAUGAAGAAACAAAGUAUGGUUGAUUUCAAGAGAUAGAGAAUGAAGAAAACAAGUGAGAAUAAGAGAGAGAGUAAAGAGUAAAGAGAAAGUGAAGAAAGAGAACUCCUCUUUUUCUUAGAUCUGGAAAAUAUCAUUACUGUUAUAAGAUAAGCAUUGAAAUGAUCAUCCACUUCUUUACCAAACUCAAGCACUAUGAUCAUCCACUCAUUUACCAACUCAAGCACUAUGAUCAUCUACUCAUCAAGCACUAUGAUCACCCACUCAUUUACCAAAUUAAGCACCAUCUUUGUUAUUUUAUGUAUUGUUGUUCACUAUAAAUACCAUCACUCAUCUCACUCUUUUGUACACC